GUUAAUCGUCUACGUUGUCAUGUAUUCAUUACAGAAGAUGGCUUGUGUUCCAGUACCAGCGAGCAGCUGGGUUCAUAACAUACUGACAUAGCUUGCUUUCGUCGUGUCGUUUAUUAACUGUUAGUGACAAUGGAAGAGUGCAUGGCAAGUCCGACAUUACAUUUCUAACUAGGUACUGUACAUGUACAGUUUUAAUAUUUUUGACUCAGUUAUGUUAACAUUUAAUGUUUCGCUAUAAUGUCCGACUGUAAUCGUUGUGUCUUUUGCCUUGGCUGUUUUGUGUCCCGUCACUUCCACCCAAACUUUUAUCUGUGCUUAAAAUUAAACUUUUGCCUCAAUUCCAUAACGUAUCCACCGUUACGGUUAAUGUUGUUUUGUAAUCAGGAUAUCAAUGAGUGCACAGGACCACUGUGCAAGCUGACAGAUCUGAACUCGAAAGUAAAAGUAAAACUGCUCAACAUCCGGCUGCGCAUCCAGGACUUGGAACAGAUGGGGAUGGAGCAGGACAAGGAGUCUGACAAGAUGGCCUUGCUUAGGGAGGUGGAGGGACACCGAAAACAGAUGUUGAGUAACCAGACAGCAUGGAGGAAGGCAAACCUGGCAAGCAAACUCUCCAUCGACAACCUGGAGAAAGAGGCCCUGCUCAAUGGAGGAGACAGUGCUUUGAGACAAAGGAAGAAUACGAAAGAGGGAAUGGCCCAGACGUCCAGUAACAUCACAGAGAGCCUGAUGAGCAUGAGCCGGACGAUGUCGCAGCAGGUGCAGCAAAGCGAGGAGACAAUGACCUCGCUGGCAACAUCAUCAAGGACAGUGCUGGAGACCAAUGAGGAGUUCAAGGCCAUGACCGGGACCAUUCAGCUGAGCAGGAAACUCAUCACCAAAUACAACCGCCGGGAACUCACCGACAAGCUGCUCAUCUUCCUCGGCCUGGCCCUUUUCCUUGCCACCGUCCUCUACAUCCUCAAGAAGAGACUCUUCCCCUUCCUGUAACCAGGGGAUGCGUCUCCAUAAGCUUAGGAUGCUAGGUCCACUUCUUCCUGUAGUUCUCUGACACCAGGGGCCACUUCCACUUCCUGUAGUCCUCUGACACCAGCAGGGC